UCUCAAACCAUCCGGUAAAAUGGCGCCUUUGCUUUGUCUCCACUGAAAAAAAGGAGGUUUGCUUCAAUAUUCUAACAUUUUUCUAAAAUGACAAAUUACUGAGAAUUAUCUGUUUUACAUCUCCGGGACGACGUGCCAAGAACUACACGUGUCUCAGUCAUUCAAUAAAUGACAAAAGAGUACAGUAGGUUAAAUGAGUAGAACCUCAGCUGAAUCUACAGACCAAAUGAUGGAACAGGAAGUAGGUCAACUUCCGAUUACAGACCAGAUGGAGGAGGAGGAGGAGGAGGAGCCUGGGAGCUCAGCAGAGACUGAGAGACCCUCCUCUUCUCACACCAAGAGGAAGCCUGCUGUUACAGCCAAGCACACCGGAGGGAAUGAGUCUGACACCUCGGACGAGAGUGGACAGGAAGAUGGCGCCUCUGACAACCCCUCAGAUGGCAUGUUGGUGUUACGGCCUGGGACUGACAACAAGGAGAGCAGAGGAGCCAUGAAGCUGGACCUCUCAAGGAAAAAGACCGAUACCACUUUGCAGGAGAGGAUAGACUGCACCGCCUGUGGACAGCAGGUCAACCACUUCCAGCGCCACUCAGUGUUUGAGCACCCGAUGCUCCAUGUGCUCCUCUGCAGGUCGUGUUAUAAGUAUUACACCAGCGAUGACAUCAAUAAAGACGAGGACGGCAUGGACGAACAGUGCAGGUGGUGUGCUGAAGGUGGCAACCUGAUCUGCUGUGACUACUGCCACAACGCCUUCUGUAAGAAGUGCAUCCUGCGUAACCUGGGGCGCAAGGAGCUGUCUAUGAUCACCGACGAGGACAGUAAAUGGUCCUGCUAUAUCUGCAGCCCUCAGCCUCUCUCAGACAUCGCCUCCAACUGCUCCAACAUCUUGACCAAGCUGGAGAGCUUCUGGCGCACGGGAUGCAAGACAGAGAGGAAGGAGGUGAAAGGGCACAGUAAGGGUAAAGGUCACCACCACCAUGGUAAAGCUGUGGUGAACGGUAAGGAACAUUCAGACGGGUCAGGGACCCUCACCUUCUCCUAUAAGACCCUGAAGGUCCCCAAGGAGCUGGUGAAGAGGACCAAGAAGCUGAUUGAGACGACCACGGGGCUCAACAACACCUUCAUCCAUUUCAUCCAGCAGGCUGAGGAGGAGCAGGGAGCAGGAGGAGGUGGCAGCGGGACCAGACACCUCAAGGCCUUCAGGUCUGUUCUGGCUGAUCUGAAGAAGGCCCAUGCUGCCCUAGAGGAGGACUUGGAGUCACAGUUCACUUCCCAGGACCAGGGGAUGCAGAACGGGGAUGCUGUUUCCAACACCGACGGCCAUGAUGGCCACGAUCAGAUUGACAACAUGGUUGAUGGACAGGAGGCAGAAGAGGAUAAAAUGGCCGACACUGAGGAUGGGGAGGAGCUAGAGGAGGAUGGGGGCUUGUCAGAGGACGCAGUGAUGGAGGGGAUCCCCGGCCCCACACCUCAGGACCACUCGGACACAAGUACAGACAGCCAGGCCAAAGACCAGACAGCAGUGGAUGAGGAGGAGGAGGAGGAUGAAGAAGAAGAAGAAGAAGAGGAGGAGGAGGAUGGAGAGGAGGAGGAGGAUGACCGGGAUAAAGACAUUGUGUCCGUCGGGCCGGCCGUCCCUGACGAGCUCUUCCAAAUGGUAGAGAGUCUGGCGGACUCCACAGGGUUAACGCCCGGCAACAACGCCAUGGAAACCACUGCUGCUAGCCAAUCCGAGAGCCCCGCCGCCGGCUCAAACAGGAAGUCACUUGAAACCCAUAAGGAGAAGGCCAUGCCCAAGGUGAAGAACCUGAUCGUGAAGCUGACGCCCGUUCCAGUGGUUACCACACGCACCUCCAGGUCUAUGAGCAAGGAUGGAGGGAAGGAGAAGGAGAGGAGUAAGGAUGGAGGGAAGGAGAAGGAGAGGAGUAAGGAUGGAGGGAAGGAGAGGAGUAAGGAUGGAGGGAAGGAGAGGAGUAAGGAUGGAGGGAAGGAGAAGGAGAGGAGUAAGGAUGGAGGGAAGGAGAAGGAGAGGAGUAAGGAUGGAGGGAAGGAGAGGAGUAAGGAUGGAGGGAAGCAGAGGCGUAAGGAUGGAGGGAAGGAGAAGGGUAAGGAUGGAGGGAAGGGUAAGGAUGGAGAGAAGGGUAAGGAUGGAGGGAAGGAUAAAGAUGGAGGGAAGGAGAGGAGUAAGGAUGGAGGCAAGGAGAAGAGUAAGGAGGAGGUGGAGGAAGGUGGGGGCUCUGAGGAGGACAGCCGCCGCUCCAGCCGCACAAAGACCACACCCCUCAGGAAAUCACCGGACGGGAAGAACAAGAUGGCUGAAUCCUCUCCGGAGAACAGUGACUCAGAGGGCAAGAGUCCCAGCAGGCUGAAGAGUAGAACCAAAGGCAGCUCGGAGAAGGAACGUGAGGAGGAGGAGGAGGAGGAGCAGCAGAGCAAUGCCUCAUCCAAGGUGACCGCUGAUCCUUCUAAACACGAAGUGGACUCUGACGAGGUUCUGGACAUCCUGCUCCAGACUGCAGCGGCAGAACACAGCUCGGACGAGGAUGCGCAGCAGGACGCCGAUGGUAACCAGGGCAACAGGAGCUUCAAAAGGUGCCUGUUCAAACUCAGCAAGAAAGAUGGAGAGGAGGAGGAGAAUGACAAGGUGAAGACUGACAAGAAGCUGGCGGCCAAACGCAAACUGAAAGCCGACGAUUCAGACAACUCAGAGUCCGACUCAGACGAAGACACGAAGAAGAAGAAAAAGAAGUCCUCCUCAGCUUCUGCCAAAAAGACAUCCAAGAAGAAGGGCUCGGACGGCUCCUCUAACUCCGACUCGGACCUGGAGAUGAAGGGACUCAGCAAACUGGCGACGGGGAAACGGAGGAGCAGCCGUGUGAAGAAGGAAAGAGAGGAGAAGGAGAACAAGGGCGGAGAUCGGAGGCGGUCGUACGAACUGAAACGCAAAGCCAGAAGUAGAGGAGCCAAGCAGCAAGAUUCAUCGUCUGAUGACGAGGAGGAGGGAGGAGGGUCUGGAGAGGAGAGUGGAGACCAGCAGAAGAUUAAACCCAUUGUGGAGGAGACGUUGGUAGCAGGGAGGGGAACCUUCCACCAGUCCUCAGGAGAUGAAGGUAACCGUGACGCAUCUCAGAUGGACGAUGAGGAGGACGAUGAUGAUGAUCCAGAGAACAGAAUUGCCAAGAAGAUGCUGCUGGCCCAGAUCAAGGCUAACUACUCUUCAGGAGCAGAGGAGAGCUCUGACGAGGACGGAGAAGAGAAGGAACAGAAGAAGGAGAAGGGAGGAGAGGAGCAGGAGGAGGACGACGAUGAUGAUGAUGAUGAUGAAGGGGGCUCUGGCUCUGAUGUGGACGUGAAGACGAGUGUGGGGCGUCGCCACCGGCUGCUCCGCCACAAACUGACGCUGUACGAAGUGGAGUCGGGAGAGGAGAAGGAGAAACCAGCCAGCAAGGGGAAGAAGAAGGAGACCAAGAGGACCAGACGGAAAGUGGGUAGUGAUGACUCGGCAGACUCAGACUUUAAGGAGUCAGCUAGCAGCAGUGAGUCAGGAGUUAGUGAGGAGAUCAGUGAGAAGGAAUCAUCGUCAGAGGAGUCGGAGUCUGAGAAGGAAGGCAGUAGACACAGGAGGACCACGCGCUCCUCCGUCAAGAAGAAGAAGAAGAAGAAGAAGAAGGAGGAGAGGAGCUACGCUCAGAAGAAGAAACGGCGUCGCAUCAAGGCCCAGGAUUCUUCAUCCGACGACAAGAGUGGGUCAGGAGAGGACGGCUCGGGGAAGGAGGAUGGAGACACUCCUAAAGGACAGAGGAAGAAGAUCAGAAAAAUCCUCAAGGACGACAAGCUGAGGACGGAGACGAGGGAUGCCCUGAAGGAGGAGGAGGAGAGGAGGAGACGCAUCGCUGAGAGGGAGCAGCUCAGGGAGAAACUCAGAGAGACUCUACAUGUCCCUCCCGACCAGGUACUCGUGGUGGAGGAGGCGUCCGCCGUGGCUUGUCCAAUCACAACCAAGCUGGUGCUGGAUGAAGACGAGGAGACCAAGGAGCCCAUGGUGCAGGUUCACCGCAAUCUGGUCACUAAGCUCAAACCACACCAGGUCGACGGGGUCCAGUUCAUGUGGGACUGCUGUUGUGAGUCGGUGAAGAAAACCAACAAGAACUCUGGUUCUGGAUGUAUCCUGGCUCACUGUAUGGGCCUGGGAAAAACGCUGCAGGUGGUAACCCUACUCCACACACUACUGCUGUGUGAAAAGUUAGACUUCUCCACGGCUCUGAUCGUCUGUCCUCUCAACACCGUUCUCAACUGGCUCAAUGAGUUUGAGAAGUGGCAGUACGGCUUCAAGGACGAGGAGAGUUUAGAGGUGACGGAGCUGGCCACGGUGAAGCGUCCUCAGGAGAGAGCGUCUGCUCUGCAGCAGUGGCAGGAGGAUGGAGGAAUCAUGAUCAUUGGCUAUGAGAUGUACCGUAACCUCACACAGGGUAGAAACAUCAAGAGCAAGAAACUCAAAGAGACCUUCCAGAAGACCCUGGUUGACCCAGGCCCAGACUUUGUGAUCUGUGAUGAGGGCCACAUCUUGAAGAACGAGGUGUCGGCCAUCUCUAAAGCCAUGAACUCCAUCAAGACCCGAAGGAGAGUGGUGCUCACCGGCACACCGCUGCAGAACAACCUCAUAGAGUACCACUGCAUGGUGAACUUCAUCAAGGAGAACUUGCUGGGGUCAGUGAAGGAGUUCAGGAACCGCUUCGUCAACCCCAUCCAGAACGGGCAGGCAGCGGACUCCACAGACCAGGAUGUACGGAUCAUGAAGAAGAGGGCUCACAUCCUCUACGAGAUGCUCAAUGGAUGUGUUCAGAGAAGAGACUACUCUGCCCUGACCAAGUUCCUGCCUCCUAAACAUGAGUACGUUGUGUCCGUCAGAGUCACGCCCAUCCAGUGUACUCUAUACCGACACUACCUGGAGCACUUAACAGGUACGGGGAACGUGGUGGAGGGGGGUCGGGGUCGAGCCGGGACCAAACUCUUCCAGGACUUCCAGAUGCUCAGUAGAAUCUGGACCCAUCCCUGGUGCCUGCAGCUGGACUACAUCAGCAAGGAAAACAAGGGGUACUUUGACGAGGACAGCAUGGAGGAGUUCAUCGCCUCGGAGACCGAGGAAUCUUCUUUAAGCAUGACCUCUGAGGACGAGAAACAGAAAAAGAAGAAGAAGCGAGGGAAGGCCAGGAAGAAGGACAGUGACUCAGACAGUGACGCUCUAGAGGUGAUAAAGGAGUGGAACACCAGCUCCCGAGGGGGAGACCCCUCCAGCCGCAACCGGGCGGAGCCACAGGAGGAAGUGCGUCCGGCCUCCAGCCCUGGCACCAGGAGUCCUGACUGGCACAAGGAGUUUGUUACGGAGGCUGACUCUGAGAUCCUGGAGCAUUCUGGGAAAAUGGUGCUGCUGUUUGAGAUCCUCCGCAUGGCCGAGGAGGUGGAGGACAAAAUUCUGGUGUUCAGUCAGUCUCUCAUCUCUCUGGACCUGAUUGAAGACUUCCUGGAGUUGUCUGGCCGAGCCAAAGAGGAGGAGAAACCCUCUCCCUACAAAGGUGAGGGGAAGUGGUUCCGGAACAUAGACUACUACCGUUUGGACGGCUCCACCAACGCCCUGAACCGGAAGAAGUGGGCAGAGGAGUUCAAUGACUCCAGCAAUGUCCGAGGUCGGUUGUUCCUGAUCUCGACCAGGGCUGGUUCUCUGGGCAUCAACCUGAUAGGAGCUAACAGGGUCAUCAUCUUCGACGCGUCCUGGAACCCGUCGUACGACAUCCAGAGUAUCUUCAGGCUCUACCGCUUCGGACAGCUCAAGACCUGCUACGUCUACCGAUUCCUGGCUCAGGGUACUAUGGAAGAGAAGAUCUAUGACCGCCAGGUGGCUAAACAGUCUCUGUCCUUCCGAGUGGUGGAUCAACAGCAGAUAGAGAGACAUUUCACCAUGAAUGAGCUGACGGAGCUCUACGCCUUUGAACCUGACCUUCUGGAUGAUCCCACUGGCAAGAAGAGCAAGAGGACCACGCCUAUGCUGCCAAAGGACCCCUUCCUAGCUGAGCUGCUCCACAGCAAUAAGGAGCAGAUUGUAGGCUAUCAUGAACAUGACUCCCUGCUGGAUCACAAGGAAGAGGAGGCUCUCAGCGAGGAGGACCGCAAAGCAGCCUGGGCCGAGUACGAGGCGGAGAAGAAGGGUCUGUCUCUGCGUGUGAACCAUGGAGCGUACGGAGGACAGAUGGACAUGGGAGGAGCUAACAGCUACUUCCCCUUCAACGUUGCCGCACUGGCCUCUAUGUCCAACCCUCAGCUGGAGGAGUUGAUCAACCAGGGCCGUCAGAAGGUGAUGGAGGCCACCAACGCUCUCAAGUUCCUCCCCAGAGAAUCUCUAGAGGACACCAUCGGGAGAGUGUGGAAGGAGAACCCAGCCCUCACGGAGUCCCAGGUCCAGGCCAUGGCUCUGGGGAGACAGGCCAGUGUAGAGAUGGAGCUCAAACACAGAGAAGCUGUCUACAGAGACGUCCUCAAUAAGCAACAGACUCUAAUGAUGUACGUUCAGAAGGUGAUCACCAACAGGAAGGUGAGAGAGCAGCAGAUCGCCAUGGCCAACCAGGCCCAGCUGAUGAGCCAGAUGAACGGCAUGCUGGGAGCUGGAGGGAUGAGCCAGAUGGAACUCUUGGGGUUGUACCAACAGCUGGGGGCGCUACAGGGUCAUCCCACCCACCCCUCUAUGGGCGGCAAGAACCCCGGCCCCUCCAAGGGCAACCUGUAAGGGGAGGGGGACCCAGGGCGUGCCCUACAUAGUGCACUAUCCACUAUCCAUAUUGGCUGAGUGCGCAACGUUAGACCAAUGUAGCGAAUAUGGUUCCAUUUGUGACCCAGACUGCCCCCUCGAUGUCUCAGUAGGCUGCUCCCUAAUGCUGCUCUGUCUCCUAUGUAGUGCACUAGAUGGUGCCCUAGGGUUUUGGCUAGAAGUAGUGCACUAUGUAGGGGAUAUAGGUGUGUGAUCUGGGAACGUAGCCGCUGCCUUACAACCCUUCUUCACUAGGGAGGUGAGAGACGACACAGAGAGAAGGGUCUCGGAGCCCCUCACCACUCCCUCCAGCUCUCCUGUCUCCUGAAGCAGGGAACGACAUGACUUGUAUAGGGACUAUAUGAAGGGGUUUUAGCUAUUUCAUUUGAGAUUCUGUAUAUACCGCAUUAAUGUUAUUCAAGUUCUCUUCUAUAGUUCACAUGUAUUUAAAGGAAAACCGUUAAGCAUUGCGUUAUUCUGUCCCCUUAAAGAAGGGGUUGUUUAAUGAAUAGAUUAUUCUGUAAGUUGUGUUUUUUAUAAAAUUUUAAUGAAUGCCUGUCUAUCUAAAGAACCCCCAGAGUGGGACCAUAGUGCUGACUAAUUGGUGACAGGACUAUUUUAGGAUAUUAAACAGCUACAAGAUGCGAUCCCUCUAUAGAACCCUCCCUCCACACGCAGGCUAGCGGACGGACACGCAGGCUAGCGGGCGGACACGCAGGCUAGCGGGCGGACACGCAGGCUAGCGGGCGGACACGCAGGCUAGCGGGCGGACACGGAGGCUAGCGGGCGGACACGGAGGCUAGCGGGCGGACACGCAGGCUAGCGGGCGGACACGCAGGCUAGCGGGCGGACACGCAGGCUAGCGGGCGGACACGCAGGCUAGCGGGCGGACACGCAGGCUAGCGGGCGGACACGCAGGCUAGCGGGCUAGCGGGCGGACACGCAGGCUAGCGGGCUAGCGGGCGGACACGCAGGCUAGCGGGCUAGCGGGCGGACACGCAGGCUAGCGGGCUAGCGGGCGGACACGCAGGCUAGCGGGCUAGCGGACGGACACGCAGGCUAGCGGACGGACACGCAGGCUAGCGGGCGGACACGCAGGCUAGCGGGCGGACACGCAGGCUAGCGGGCGGACACGCAGGCUAGCGGGCUAGCGGACGGACACGCAGGCUAGCGGGCUAGCGGACGGACACGCAGGCUAGCGGACGGACACGCAGGCUAGCGGACGGACACGCAGGCUAGCGGACGGACACGCAGGCUAGCGGGCGGACACGCAGGCUAGCGGACGGACACGCAGGCUAGCGGACGGACACGCAGGGCUAGCGGACGGACACGCAGGCUAGCGGACGGACACGCAGGCUAGCGGGCGGACACGCAGGCUAGCGGGCGGACACGCAGGCUAGCGGGCGGACACGCAGGCUAGCGGGCGGACACGCAGGCUAGCGGACGGACACGCAUGCUAGCGGUGCUGGUGUCCUCAAACUAUUUUGGGAGAUUUUGAUGCAUAGCCAUGACAAGAAAAAACUAUAACAUUCAAUAAAAAUUAGGGCCUUUAUUUCCAUUUCCUAAAGUUUUGUGUAAAUGAGAUUUGAGAAUGAUUUUUCUAUCAGCUUGUGGCUCUUACUAUUUCCACUGUUUGUCUCAUGGUUAUUAUGAUGGUAAUAUGGAAUGCUCUUGUCGUUAAAACACACUGCCCCCCCCCCCCCCCCCCCUGUCUCUCACCCCUCGCUCACUUCCCCGGGACUCUCUCUCUUUGUAAAGCUCAUGCUCUUGUUGUCAAGUUGUUGCCUAGCGUAGCUCCAUAUCCCAGGGUGCUGUUCAUCCUUCUCUUUCUGUUCCACUUGUUGCAUCCUAAUCCAACCCUGGUGGAGGACUGGGUCGACAGGAGGUUGUCUGACCGGGUCGACAGGAGGUUGUCUGACCGGGUCGACAGGAGGUUGUCUGACCGGGUCGACAGGAGGUUGUCUGACCGGGUCGACAGGAGGUUGUCUGACCGGGUCGACAGGAGGUUGUCUGACCGGGUCGACAGGAGGUUGUCUGACCGGGUCGACAGGAGGUUGUCUGACCGGGUCGACAGGAGGUUGUCUGACCGGGUCGACAGGAGGUUGUCUGACCGGGUCGACAGGAGGUUGUCUGACCGGGUCGACAGGAGGUUGUCUGACCGGGUCGACAGGAGGUUGUCUGACCGGGUCGACAGGAGGUUGUCUGACCUGGUCGACAGGAGGUUGUCUGACCUGGUCGACAGGAGGUUGUCUGACCUGGUCGACUGGGUAGAGGAGGGGGAGGUCGGGGUGCUUCACCAAGCAAGGUCAUGUCCAGCUCUUUUAUUUCAUUAUGGGUGAACCCAGCGGGAAUCAAAUUCACCGUCUUGACGUUGCAGGUGCCCGGAUCAACUGAGCCACAAAGGACUGAAGUUUGACACCGUGUAGCUUUUAAAUCAGGACCCGAUCCUUUCAAAAACAUUAUUCUAAUUGAGAUUCCAGUGGGCCAUUCCUUAUCCAGACCUGGGUUAGCUGGUUAGCAGCACCAGACCUGGGUUAGCUGGUUAGCAGCACCAGACCUGGGUUAGCUGGUUAGCAGCACCAGACCUGGGUUAGCUGGUUAGCAGCACCAGACCUGGGUUAGCUGGUUAGCAGCACCAGACCUGGGUUAGCUGGUUAGCAGCACCAGACCUGGGUUAGCUGGCUAGCAGCACCAGACCGGGGUUAGCUGGCUAGCAGCACCAUACCUGGGUUAGCUGGCUAGCAGCACCAGACCUGGGUUAGCUGGCUAGCAGCACCAGUCCUGGGUUAGCUGGCUAGCAGCACCAGUCCUGGGUUAGCUGGUUAGCAGCACCAGUCCUGGGUUAGCUGGUUAGCAGCACCAGACCUGGGUUAGCUGGUUAGCAGCACCAGACCUGGGUUAGCUGGUUAGCAGCACCAGACCUGGGUUAGCUGGUUAGCAGCACCAGACCGGGGUUAGCUGGCUAGCAGCACCAGACCGGGGUUAGCUGGCUAGCAGCACCAGUCCUGGGUUAGCUGGUUAGCAGCACCAGACCGGAGUUAGCUGGUUAGCUCAGGACUAUAGUCUCCACUCAGGCUACCUGUUCUCUACUAUAGUCGACACCCAGGCUACCUGUUCUCCACUAUAGUCUCCACCCAGGCUACCUGUUCUCCACUAUAGUCUCCACCCAGGCUACCUGUUCUCUACUAUAGUCUCCUCCCAGGCUACCUGUUCUCUACUAUAGUCUCCACCCAGGCUACCUGUUCUCUACUAUAGUCGACACCCAGGCUACCUGUUCUCUAUUAUAGUCUCCACCCAGGCUACCUGUUCUCUAUUAUAGUCUCCACCCAGGCUACCUGUUCUCUACUAUAGUCUCCACCCAGGCUACCUGUUCUCUACUAUAGUCUCCACCCAGGCUACCUGUUCUCUACUAAGGCACAUGUUUAUUUUCCUAAAUAAAAGUCAGUGUUGUCGGAGGAAGUGAUGACUGUCUGACCUGUUCGACCGGAGACGGAGUUCCUCCGUUUGCACAGUAAGGUGUAAUUCUGAAAUGUAGCCUGUCGCCCUCCCACUCUACUCUACCAAGAAUGUUCUUCUCAUGUUUAGCAAAUUCACCAACUUGUUUUUGUUGCCAUUCAUUGAUUAAUCUGACUGCUACUAUCUUGAAAAGUAUUUAAAAUAACAUUUAAUAAAGUGACCAAAAGGGUGACCACC